AUGCCUUCACCACCGGGGAAAUCUGCAAGGAAGAUAACAGCAUUGGUGGUGGACGACGACAUGACCAACCGGAUAAUUCACCACAAGCUCUUGAAAAGCCUUGGCAUAAAGAACCAGGUGGUGAUGAACGGAAAAGAAGCUGUUGAUGCUCUUUCUUCCGGACAAAUCUUUGACCUCAUUCUGAUGGACAUGGAUAUGCCUGUCAUGAAUGGCAUUGAGGCAACAAGGAAACUUCGUGCCAUGGGUAUUCGCAGCGUGAUUGCAGGCGUAUCCAGUCGUUCAGAGGAAGGAGAAGUGCGAGAAUUUAUUGAAGCUGGGCUUGAUGACUAUCAACAGAAGCCUUUGACCACUACUAAGCUCUUCUCAAUCCUCCAUAAGCUGGCCUAA